CCUUUAUUGUUUUCAAACCCAUGCAAAUACAUGUUUCCAUUGCUAUGAAAAGAUGAUUGCCCUCAAAUCAGUUCAUCCUUUCUUCACACCUACUAAUAUCAAAUAUAACAUCUACCGCAAGAGAUUCCUCAACACAAAAGGUUCUGUAUUGUGCCUCUGCAAGUCCAAUGAAUCAGAUUCCCAAGCUCCCCAACCAGGAGAUAUCCGUAAACAAGAACUGCUAGCACAAAUUGCCAUGCUUCAAACUCAAAAAGUCCGUCUCACAGACUAUCUAGACGAGAGAUCUGCAUUUUUAACCCAAUUUGGUGAAGAAGCCAAGGCUGCGUUUGACAAAAUUGGAGAAGAUGCCCUCCAAGGAUUAGAUGAAGCUAGUGCCAGAAUAACAGAAAACAUAGAGAACCAGAUGGUGGAAUUUGAGGAAUCUGCAGAAAUUAUCAGACAAGGGAUUCAAGAGUGUGAAAACGAAUUAGAUGAGUUUGAAGUUCAAAUGGAGGACGGAAGAAACGAAGGGCUAUUCUUUAAGAACCUCAGAAGGAACGCACCUGUUGACAAAGCAAAAGCCAAGGAGGAGGCAGAGAAAAUCAAAGAUGUAACCAGAGAAAAAGCUGGUAGCGGGACAAGAAAAAGCAUUUACCUCUUCUUUAUUGGCCUGCUGGGCUUUGCAAUAGUAGAUUCUAUUGCCUCAUCAUCCACCGAUUGGAGAAAAGUAGCAGUUCUUGGAGCUAUUCUUGUGGCUUUAGUUUCUCAAUUCAUCUAUGAACAGAACAUGUCAUUAGAAACUGGAAAAACAAGAAAGACCGAUUCUGAAGAGGAAAAUAACUGAAGUUCAAUUUUUAAAUAGAUUUACUGAAA